UAAAGCAGAUGAAACUCAAAGGAUGAAAAGGUGACUUGUGAUAAAAAAUAAAAUAACGAAUAACCGCCAAUCCAAUCUUCAACAGUUUCACUUUCACAAAUUCCUCGUAUCCAAUGAAUCCAUCCAUCUGCAUUUUUCUUCCAAUUACUAAUAAUUAGUGAUCACAAAAGACACCAUUGAACGAAAUGUGGCGGAAGCUUUGACAUAUUUUUUACACAAAACAUUUUCAAAGGCCCUCAUUACUUUCUGUUUGCUCAAAAAAUUUCAACAUUCUUCUGUAAACCCAUAGAGGCGCUCAACUUGCUAUAAAAUGCUUCGAUAACUACUAUGACAAUCAUCAGUUCAACGAGUAAAGAUGCGACUGCUAGUGAUUGUAACCGUUCUAGUCGGGAUCUGCUGGGCUAAACGCGGCAAUUUUCGCGUCCCAAUCAAUCGCGGCCACAAACGUGGCGAUGCUAAUUUUGCAACCAAACCACGCCCGGAAGUUGGAAAGCGCCACCACAGCUACCGUCGUGGGGUCAACCGAUCUCAUCCCUUUGAGCUUGGAGUUGGUUAUUAUUACCAGUUUGACAUCAUGUUGAGACCAGAGGUUCACCGGAACGCAAUCCCUUUGGAAGACGACAUAAGGUGGCCUAACGCUGUUGUGCCAUACGUUAUCUCCUCAACUUUUUCGGCCGCCAACGUGUCCAUCAUCAAAUCGGCCAUGGACCAGUACGCCCAAACGACCUGCGUCCGAUUUGUGCCUCGUACUUCUGAAGCAGAGUACAUCACCAUUGGCAACGGCGCUUCCGGAUGUUGGUCCUACGUGGGAAGAAGUUUGGACAACCAGUACAACCAAGUUAAUCUGCAGAUCCCAAGCUGUAUCACUACGGGAACCGUCACCCACGAGCUGAUGCACGCCCUAGGCUUCUACCAUGAGUUCUCACGUCCGGAUCGUGACGAUUACGUUUCAAUUGACAUGGGAGCUUUAGCUCCAAAGUAUCAGACGACCGAGUUCUUCGAAGCAAACUUUGAAAAGCUGACACCCCAGCAGGCUGAGCUGUACGGUAUUCCGUACAAUUACGGUAGCGUGAUGCACUACUCCAAGUGGGGAGGUGCCGUUUCGUACAGCAGACCCGUUAUGAAAAACUUGAAACCAUGGGUUGGAGAUUUCGGCAACAAAAUCGGACUUGCAACAACAGAUGUCCAAGCUGUCAACUCUAUGUACUGCAAAAGCUCGGCGCUAUAAAACAUAUUCUUAGUUUUCAAUGAUGCUAUCCUCAUGCCUUGUCUCCAGCAACACCGAUUGGUUAAAAGAUUGGACAUAUUUGCUG